UCGCUCCCCGGCAGAGUCAUGGAUGCUCAGUUGAACGCGAGGAUCGAGAGUCGACCACAUCGUAGGACUGGAAGCGGAGCUUGUGGGAUUUAUGAGACUCAUUGCUAAAUAGUUUAUCUGACUAAAGCCGUGACAGCAUCCACCCGGACUGGACCCGCGUGCAGAGACUGACGCAUCACAUCACAUCGAUGAAACAAAGCGUUUGUUUUGCGGAGCGCACUAGUGGAAUCAAAAUGUCAGAUGCAGCUAGCGGUAUUGGAGCUUACGGACGCCAAUAGACCAUUGUUAUUGUUUUUAUGCAAACGGAUUGUCUGUUAACUGGGGACAUGACGUUUAGGUGUACGCGUUUGAUUUAAAAUUUUUUGAAAGAGCCAAUAAGUUGCGCGUGGACUUGAAUGGAUAGCAGGUGCAUGAACGCAUCACCUAUAAAUGGGAUUCUUCACUCGUGGUUAUUAGUGUUUAAGCUCCGGAACAUAAUAUCUGAUUAUAAAGCAGCAUUUAUUUAAUUUCAGUGCUUUUUUUCCUAUCGCAGUGGGAUAAGGUACCAGUCGCGUGAUGUUCAAAUUUACUGUUGCAUACUAAAUCAAUACAUCUACUCGAAAUACGUAUUUAAUUAGAUAUUGUUACUUACAUCAAGUGUCUUAUGCAUUGUUUAUUUUUAAUUAUCUAGAUAUAUACUGUUAAAAAAAAAAACAAAAAAAAUCAACCCACUACAUUUGCUGCCUUAAUUUUGAAGUACAUUCAAAGUGGUGCUAAAAUCACUUAUACUGUGCAGUGAGAAGUUCAUUGCACAUAAUUGACCACUUUGAAGCUAAUUAUUCAUAAAGAAAAGUAGAAAUUAAAUUAUUGUUACGAGUUAAAUGAAUGGAAGCAAAGAUGUAAGCAAUUUUUACACUGUAUAUAAUUAUUUUUUGUGACAACAUUUGUCAUAAUCUUAUGUCAAAUCAACUUAAAUAAGUAUUGUGGAUCAGAUAACAUAUUUUGAGUUUCUGUUGAUUAAACCAAUCACCUUCAUUGUAUUAACUCAAUUUUUUUUUAUUUUAAUUAACUCAAAAAAGGCAACCAGGCAACUUACCUUUUUUAAGUUAAACCAACAAUUCUAUUUUUACAGCGUAAGAUAUACGUUAUGAUAUGAGGCGGUUUCACGCUAAAUAUCGCAUUUGUUAAUUGAUAUGGCUAAGUUUAUCGUGUUUGUUAAUUGAUAUGGCUAAGUUACAGGUUUAUAAGAAUGGUUUAUUGUUAUCAUGGCUAUUUGAGAUAUCCCAACAAAUCUAAAAUGCAUUUUGCACCUCAUCCUAGCAAGGGGCAACUUUGCAACUGAGGGUUCUGCAGUUAGAUUGUGUUGUUUUUUGUUAAUUAAAUUCAAAAACGUAGUGUUAAAAAGUUAGGCUGGUCAUUUGAGCGAAAGCUUUAAAUCCAGAGGAUGAUCCUCUCUGGAGUGGCUGGACUGCUGUCAGAGCGGCUUUCACAAGAUUAACAGCCCUCUGCUCUUUUCUUUGCUUGUACGCCUACAAAAAACAUUUUACUGGACUAUUCUCCAUUUUUACCUAUUUUUAAAACUGGUUUAUGGUAAAUGGGACUUAAAUGAAGAUUUCCGGAGCAGCUGAAGUCACAAACAGUCUUGUUAUUGAUGCUUCUAUAAGACUCAAGUAACUAUACUUUAAAUAAUUCAGUGUUUUAAACGCACCAAACUGAGAAGCAGCAUUUUUCUGCUGCAGUAUUAUGACAUUGUGACAUCAGGAAUCUUUUUUUUUUUUUUUUUUUUUUGAAACGUGCCAAACUUAGAAGCAACUGACACCCGAUUGUAAAUAUGACUUUGUGUCAGCGGAAUUGAUCAGAGAUGUGAGUCUUAUCUUUUAGAUGCUGCAAACAAAGUGGCAGCUAAGACUGAUUCUGCUGCUUUUUGGAGAAAUAUGACAUUGUGACGUUACGAAUUGAAGCGUGGCAAACUAGAAAGCAGCUCGGAAUUUUAUUCUGCUGCUGAUGCAAAUAUGACAUUGUGAUUUCAUAAAUUUAGAUGCAAAAUAGACCGUAUCUGAAGCUGCUGCAAAUAUGACAUUGUGACAUCAGGAGUCUGUCUGUGAAGCGCCAGACUGAGGAGCAGCUGACACUCUCUUUUUGCCGCUGCUGCUGAUGAUGCUGCAGCUGCGAAAAUGCUGCGAUUCCCUGUAAAGAAAAUACGAAAGCAGUUCAAACUUCUGCUACUGCUGGUGCUGCUUACUUUUGCCGUGUGGUUUACAUACCUGCAUAUCAACCAGGGCAAAUCCAUCAAACUCCACUUCAACUAUGGGAAAGAUGGUGAGCGGCCAAUGGAGGGAACUGAUACCAGCCGUAAGAGAGACUCUCGUUCAUCAGAUAAGUACCGCAAAAGCGAAGAUGCCAGCAACAGCCAGGAGGAGGAAAACACACAGGAAGAUGAGCGCAACGCUGGCACCAUUCAUGACAGAGAUCAAGCUGAAAUCCGCAAGUUGCUCACACAGAAGUACAAAAAGUUGCCAUGGAAACCAGAGUUUAAAGGUCAAGCGAACCUCCACGUGUUUGAAGACUGGUGUGGCUCCUCAGUCGCUCAGCUCAGGAAGAACCUGCAUUUUCCUCUCUACCCCCAUACGAGAACUACUGUAAAGAAGUUGGCUGUGGCUCCAAAAUGGAAGAACUACGGCCUGAGGAUAUUUGGAUACAUUCUACCUUACAAGGAUGGUGAUUUUCAGUUUGCGGUUUCUUCUGAUGAUAACUCAGAGUUCUGGUUGAGUUCAGAUGAAAGUCCUCUCAAUGCACGUCUGCUGGCCUAUGUGGGAAAGCUGGGAUCUGAGUGGACUGCACCAGGAGAGUUUACCAAGUUCAGGUCUCAGGCGUCCAAGUCUGUGCAUCUCAUGGCCUCCAGACGAUACUACUUUGAGAUUCUCCACAAGCAGGACGACAAAGGCUCGGAUCACGUUGAAGUCGGGUGGCGCCCUUUCCUGCCAGGACUCAAGUAUGAGGUCAUUGAUUCCGCCUACAUCUCCUUGUACACAGAUGAGAGCAGUUUGAAGAUGAACCAUGUGGAUCACAUUCCUCAGACGCUGGCCAGCCACAGCCCCGUCCCAGCAGAGACCCACACCCACAGCCAACACGGCGCCGAUAUGCUGCAACCGGACCCCCGCGACACCUUCUUCAACAUCCCCAUGAUUGACCCUGCUCAUCUUGAAAAUGUAUUGCCCGCCUGUCUCUACUCGCCAACAUACGUGGUCAAAGACUUCCCUAUUGCCCGCUAUCAAGGCCUACAGUUUGUUUAUCUUUCUUUUGUCUAUCCCAAUGACUUCACCCGCCUCACCCACAUGGAAAGAGAAAACAAGUGCUUCUACAGAGAGUCGCCCAUCUAUCUGGAGAAGUUUGGCUUCUAUAAAUACAUGAAGAUGGAUGAGGAGGAAGAUGACAGGCCAUUCUUCUUCCCUAAUCCUGAUGAUUUUCUUGAAGAAGAAGAGGGGGCAGAUCCUGAUGAUGAAGCACAAUUUGUUGGCACCCAGUCAGCAAAGAAGACUGUCCAAGCUAGCCAAUCAAGUCACACCUUAAGCCCUUCUGAUAAGCCUGUUCCCACAAUGCUGGAGAGAAACGAGGUAGAGUCAGACAACUCAGCAUUGAGGAGAGAGCAAAGGCACUUUUUCACAAGUGCAAGGCAAGUGGUUGGUGCUCAACAUCAAGAGACAGACCAAGACACUCUAGACCAUAAGGCUAAAGUAGGGUUACCAAAAAGUGAGAGUGUGGUGCGAGGUCGUUCUCUCACUUGGGUUCAAAGAGACCGGCGGGACUUCAGAGAGGGUUGGUCAGAAGAUCGUUCUCCCAAAAUAAGCCGAUCAGCUUUGCUAUUCCCGCCAAAAUCCUCAUUGGUAGCUCUGAACAGCCGAGCCAAGCACAUCCUUGGCAGUCCUGCCCACACCGUCCCUUCCCCAGGUAACAACCAUGCUCAUGACAACAGCCACAAUCCUGGAAACAGCCACACCAACAAGGAACGCAAGAAGGAAGACAACAAAAUUUAUGUCACAAGACCUCGACCUGCUAAGGAGAAGCAAAGUCCUGUUUCACGUCACCCCAGAGAGGUCUUCCCUGGCGUUUUCCUGUACCAGAAUGGCAAAACAACAAAGCUGGUGAACCUCAGUGCCAAACCAAAGCUCAGCAAAGGACCUCUACGUGCAUCCCAGUUAUUUGCCCGGUCUCCUCUGCAGGAGAACAAGGUCUUUCCAGCUAGCCCCAACUUCAGCAAGCCAGUGGAAAAUCCUAUGACCCCAAACAGAGCAGCAAUCCCGAGUCGUUUUGAGAGGAGGAUACGAGGUGUCUGGGAAAAACACCCGCAUCCUUUGAGGCCCAUAACAACCUCUCGACCACCUCCUGCUCCCACCCCUCCAUCCACUAACUCCUCUGAGAACGUGCUUCCAACCGAGCCUCUCCAUGUCACUUCCUACUUGCACACUUCAGAGAUUACAGAGUCCCAACAGCAGCGGCCAGACACAGACCCUGAACCAGAGGAGGAAGGAGGGUUAUCGGAGUAUAGCUAUGAGGAUGUGGAGCCUCGCCCUGGGUGGGCGGAGGAGUCCAUUAAUUGGCAGAGGACGUUUUCCGUCAACAGCAUGGACUUUGAGACAUUGCGCUCUGACUGGAACGAUCUUCGGUGCAACGUGUCUGGAAACCUGCAGCUAUCUGAGAGCGAAGUGGUGGAUGUACUUGCGCAGUACAUGGAGAAACUCAACGAACGCAAUGGAGGGAUUUACACUCUCCUCCGAAUCAUAAACGUAGAAAAGCGGCGUGACUCUGCACGCGGUAACCGUUACCUGAUAGAGCUGGAGCUAAUGGAAAGAGGCCGUAAAGUGGUCCGUCUUUCCGAGUACAUCUACAUGCUGUUGCACCGUGGCCGAGUGGAAGACAGUCUGGAGAAUGUGGAAGGGGUCACAGCAUCAUCCCCCUCUUCCCCUGUCGCCAGCCCACCUGCUCCUCCAUCUCGCACACCUACACGUGGGGCCCAUACCACCCCACAGUGGGGCACGGUGUAUGCCAAACCCCUGCUGUGCCAGCCAGUGAUGCUGCAGUGGAAAAAGGACGUCAUGGUGCAUUUUGUAGUGCCAGUAAAAAAUCAAGCUCGUUGGAUUCAGCAGUUCAUUUCAGACAUGGAGCUCCUGCACCACGAGACCAAGGACAACAAUUUCAACAUCAUCAUCGUGGACUUCCAGAGUGAAGACAUGGAUGUGGAACAGGCCCUCAGAGAAAGCUCUGUUCCAAGAUAUGAGUAUCUGAGGAGGGAAGGAAACUUUGAACGUUCUGCCGGGUUACAGAUCGGUGUGGACACCAUAGAGGACAGUCACAGUAUCGUGUUUCUGUGUGACCUGCACAUUCACUUCCCUCUGAACAUCCUGGAGAACAUCAGGAAACACUGUGUGGAGGGCAAACUGGCCUUCGCUCCUAUAGUCAUGAGGCUGGGCUGUGGGAGCUCACCACAAGAGCCUGAUGGUUACUGGGAAGUAAACGGCUUCGGCCUGUUUGGGAUCUACAAAUCAGAUUUUGACAAGAUUGGUGGGAUGAACACAGAGGAGUUUAAGGACCGCUGGGGAGGAGAAGACUGGGAACUACUGGACAGAGUUCUACAAAACGGCCUGGAGGUUGAGCGGUUAAGACUGAGAAACUUCUUUCACUACUAUCACUCUAAAAGAGGCAUGUGGAACUCACAGUCCAGUAAAACUCCUAAAGGAUAAAACUGAACCUCACUGAGAGACUUCAAACGAACUCGGCACAAGAACGGGACCUUAAAGGACCAAACCGUUGUGUCUCUCUACCUGGGACCCUUUCUGUGUGGUCUGUCUCAUAUGAGGACACAUGAUGUGCCAAGCUGCUGUCCCAACUCAAGACACUCAAAAGAGACAGAGACUCUUAUUCACUGAGUGUGUAUGUGUAUGUAUCUCUGUCUGUUAGGUCAGGACUUCUUUUUUGGUAAGCGAAACUUGAGAGAUUAUUGAAGAUUUAAAGGAGAUAGAAAUUGUUUUCAGUGCUGGGUGAAUUUUACUCUAAACUAGCUGCUCAGGCACUCUGGGGUCGCAUAAAUAUGGUUUGCACUUAAGAUAUUACACGCUGAAAUGAUCGUCUGAAGGUUUAGAUGUGCUGGUACUUAGACGUCUGCUUUUAUAUAGCUGUGAAUGUCACUUCCUGUUCAGAUGUGACACCUUCUUACACUUGAACUGUAGAAAUGAUCUACGACUUCUGCUGUAGGCGGCCAUGUGGUUUUUCCUUUCAAAGUCCUGCUGAACUUCUGGACACAACUGGACCAAGAACGGCCUGCUGAGCAAUGAAAUUAUUUGUCUAUGUAUUUGUCUGUUUGUCUGAGCUGCUUCCUUUCCUCAUUUCAAAUUGAUUUCAACAGAGGUUUCAUCUUUAUUGGUUGUAGUUUCACAGAUGUGGAAACCUUUCAGACUGCUGUUAUAGUCUGGACUUUAGACUAAACUUAAUUUCAUUGAUGCAGUAUCCAUUUCUACAGAGUAUAAGUCCAGAAGUUGUGUGCCUUUAUUUGACGUAUUUAACAUGGCAGUCCAUACAGGGUUAGGAAGGAGUCCUGAUGUUUAGCUGUCUGGAUUGUGUAGGCCCUAAAUAGCGUUGUUUUAUGGAGAUUAAUGAAUACUAGGGGGGAAAAAAAAUAUUCAGAAUUAUCUUGAAUUUUGGACUUGUCCAAAGUUUUCACCUAUUAUUUUGCCCAGUUUUAAAGGAAUGUUCCAGGAUUUUUUCUCUCUCGUAAGUUGAUCUUUUAUCACAGAAAAUAAUUUUGACUCCUAAUAGUUAUUACCAGGGCUUGACAUUAGCAGUGGCAUGUAACACAGUCUCUCCUGCUAGCCACUUUGACGGGUUGAAUUUUAUAUAUAAUACACAUUUUUCAAUUGUAAAAUAAUAAACUAAGUGUAAUGUAGUGUUGUCAAAAAUAUCCUUUUUUUCGAUACAUAUCGAUACUGAAAAAUAACUUACAAUACUCAUUUUGCUCAGAAUAGAUACACGAUACCAGCUGCUCUCUCUCUCUCGACACCCGCCUCCCCUCACUCACUAGUUUCAUUUGCUCCGGAAGAAUAUUGUUGGUGUUACAGGGCUUGAAUUUCGACAUGGGAUUGCGCGUAUUGUGCAUAAUUUUACUCAUUUCCUCAGAUUUUGUGCUUGCACCCAAAGUGCGCAUACAUAAAGCCGCCUCUCAGUACUAAAUUGAGUUCUUUUUCGCUGCUUAUUGUGCUUAAACAGUCAAAUAGUCAGUUAUGUUUUAAGUGAACGUAAACAGUUGAAAAAGAAAACGCAUGUGUAACAGUACAAUGGAUCCGUGCGACAGGUCUUAAAGUGACAGCAGCCUAAUAUACCUGCUGCCAAAUUAUGAGAUGAUAUUAAAAAAAUAUCUAUAUGACAUUUUUUCCCCAUGGUAUCGAUGUCAAAAUUGUGGCCAGUGAAAAUGCUGAGUGGUUAGUAACUUUGGAAAACCACUAGCCACAGUGGCUGGUUAGCAAAAAAAGUUAAUGUCAAGCCCUAAAAACUGUGUUAUGACAAAAGACGUAAAAUAGAUAUAUAGGGCAAGACACUGCAGUGCUUGCAUAUAGGCUUAAAGUGUUAGUUAACCCAAAAGUGAAAAUUCAUUCAUUAAUUACUCACCCUCAUGUCGUUCCACACCCGUAAGACCUUUGUUCAUCUUCGGAACACAAAUUAAGAUAUUUUUGAUAAAAUCCGAUGGCUCAGUGAGGCCUGCAUUGAGAGCAAGAUCAUUUCCUUUUUCAAUGCCCAGAAAGGUACUAAAAACAUAUUUAAAACAGUUCAUGUGAGUACAGUGGUUCAACCUUAAUAUUAUAAAGCAAUGAGAAUACUUUUUUGUGUGCCAAAAAAAAAAAAAAACGAAAUAAGGACUUUAUUCAACAAUAUCUAGUGACGGGCGAUUUCAAAACACUGCUUCAUGAAGCUUCGAAGCUUCGAAGCUUUACGAAUCUUUUGUUUUGAAUCAGUGGUUUCAGUAAAGGAGGCUUCCUUACAUCAUAAGUGUUUCACUUCACUAGUUCACGUGACUUUGGCAGUUUGAUACGCGCUCUGAACCACUGAUUCGAAACAAAAGAUUCAUAAAGCUUCGAAACUUCAUGAAGCAGUAUUUUGAAAUCGCCCUGAACUAUGCAGGGCAGUGGCCCUCCAGGACCAUGUUUGCCCACCCCUGUUCUAUAGGAGCCGGAGCUUCUAACGGCUGCUGCAGUGACGCAAUGACUUUUCCAAUCAGCCAUUGGCUCUUAUUUAGGAGGCGGGAGUUAUUCCGCCAUUUUGCGAGUUGCACUUUCUCCCAUUCAUAAUAAUACGAGUGCACCGUCUUAAGUCUUUGCUAAAACAUCCUAAAUGUUAACAUGAGACAAUUGUGAUAGAAUCAUUUAUUUAAAGUGCUGUCAGAACCAUAUAAAGUAGGUAAAGAUGGUACUUUACGCAAAAAAUACCAGAAAGUAACGUGAAAACUAUCCGCGAAGUUCUGUUUACAUAUAGAAAAAUCCACCCAUAGCAAUUACGGCGGUUUAAUUAAUCCAUAUUGAACUAGUCCCACAGCUAAAGGGUUAUUUAUUUAGACAGUUUUACAGCUCAAACACCUUUUUUUCGGCGAAGGAAUAAUAAAAGAGCAAUCGCUUUGGAGAAAAACGUCUGCUAAAUGAAUAAAUAGCCUAAACGUGAAAGCGUAAACAAAAAUACAGCUGCAGUUUCAGCUUUUCGUCUGGAAUAUCUUGCCCUAUAGACUUACAUUACAAGUACAUUACUUAAAAUGCGGUUUUUAUUUGUUUUUACGAACUCGAGUCGGAAUGGUUUUCUGUGAUAAUCGACAGCAUUUUGUUUGACUACCUAUUUGAAAGGUUUGUAGUUGAAAAUGUUUUUACACUGACGCUGGCAGCUCGGGUGUAUGAAAUGGUGUAUCAUUUGUUUCAAUGCUGUAGCCUAUAACAUGUGUAACAUACAAACGGUCAUGUUUACAAGCUGGCAUAAUAUUUUUAUGUGUUUUUAUUUCUUAUCUGAAAUACCGAGAGUGGUCAGACCAUCUUUUGUGAUUUUGAACCCUCACCUUUUUAAAAGAGCAAAUGGAGAAGUUUCUUUCUCCUCCUGCUGGUUCGAUGUAUUUUCAAGGCUGCCUAUUUAAAACAAAACGAAGACAGGACACUAACACAUUACGCCUAAUACAGGGAUCUGCAUUACAAGGUAAUUUCUGUGAAAUUGUGUAGAAACUUUUCAGAAUGUUUGCAUUUUAUUUUAACACUUUUGGUUUCAUUUUUCUGAAAAAUAAAGUUUAAAGCUGAAGCA